UUUUAUUUAGUUUUAUUUACAGCUUUGUAUAAACGUAAUUUAAUAUAUAAUUCUUAUCAUUCACGUAGAUUAUACGUAAUCAAGUAACUGGUUUUAAUAAUAGCAACCUUCAAUUUUAUGUUACGCCCAAUGUCCGACGUGAAUGUUAGAGCAGGGCUGGAAUGCAUCCUGAAGCGAAUAGAUGAAGCCUACGCUAGGAGAAACACGCCCAACAAACAGCCAAAGCCGCUACUGGUAGCAGUUAGCAAAACAAAGCCGGUGGAAAUGAUCAUCGAAGCAUACACCACUGGUCAGCGACACUUUGGAGAAAAUUAUGUCAAAGAACUAGUAGAAAAGGCACAGCAUCCAGAUAUUUUGCAACAAUGUCAAGAUAUCAAAUGGCAUUUCAUUGGUCAUCUACAAAACAACAAAAUCAAUAAGAUUCUUAAACUUCCUAAUCUGUAUAUGAUUCAGACUGUCGACAGUGAAAAAUUAGCCAUAGGACUAAAUACCGCUUGGGAAAAAGUACAAACCGAUCAAAAACAGCUUCUAUCAGUAUUAAUACAAGUGAAUACCAGCGGCGAAGAAGCAAAGAAUGGUGUACAUCCAAAUGAAGCUCCAGCGCUAUACAAGUAUAUAAAAGAGAAUUUGAAGUAUCUUAAACUAGAAGGUGUUAUGACUAUUGGAGCAUUUGGCUUUGACUAUUCCACUGGUCCAAAUCCAGAUUUUGUUUCACUUAUGAAGGUACAACGUCAAAUAUGCGAAGAAAAUAAUAUAGAAUCGGAUGCUGUGCAGGUGUCCAUGGGCAUGUCAGAUGACUUUGAGAAUGCGAUCGAAGCUGGAAGUACCAUUGUUCGAGUUGGUAGUGCAAUUUUCGGAUUUCGGGAAAAGAAGAAUGGUUAAAUGAUUUUGAUAAAAAUUUGAUAAAUGUAUAAAAAAUAUUUGUUAUUGUAUAAUAUUACCCUAAAGUAUACAGAUGUUUGCAAUAAUCUAAAAUUAAUAACUUGGUUCUAAAAUGUCGGGGUUUAAAUAAAUCUUAGCUUUUGUUUAUUCUUUGUA